AUGGAACUGGACAUACUAGUGGUGAGCGAAACCAAGAAAAAAGGAAAUGGAACAGAAAUUAUAGAUGAUGUCUUUUAUUGCUGGAGCGGAGUGAAAAAACAGGAAAGAGCAAAAGCCGGAAUCGGUAUCUUAAUAAAAAAGAAAUGGAUAAAAUGUAUAAAAAGCUUAGAACCAAUAAAUGAUAGAGUUAUUAAAAUAGAUAUCGUAGUUUUUGGAAGACACAUAAUAGUAAUCGGAGAAUAUGGACAAACGGAAGAUAGUGCACUAAUCGAAAAGACAAGCUUCAUACAAACGAUACAAGAAGAAAUUGAUAAAAUUAAACAAAAUCAAGAACUCAUAAUAGCAGGAGACUUCAAUGGAAGAACAGGAAUAAAAGAAAACGAUGCCAUAAUAGGUAGAUUCGGAGAAGAUACUGUUAAUACCAACGGAGAGGCUCUAAUCGAACUAUGCGAAUUUAAUAAUCUCAAGAUUACAAAUGGCUUCUACCGACACAAGGAAAUUCAUAAAUUCACUUGGGUACAAGAAACCAGAGAUCUCAGAUCAAUUAUAGAUUAUAUUGUAGUCAAAAACAACUCCUCAAUUAAAAUAAAAGAUGUCCGAGUGAAACGAGGUGCAGAAUGCGGCACAGACCACAGGUUAUUGAUCGCGAAAAUGGAGUUCCCUUGGUCAUGGAACAAACAUCAAAAACUGGAAGAAUUCAGCCUCGACGACCUAGGGACAACAUACGAGCACAUAAAAACAUGCAUCAAAGAAGCAGCUACUGAAGCUCUCGGAGAGAAGGAAGAAUCACAAAACCAACAUAAAAUAGACAUUAAUAAAGACCUAAGGGAAAUCAUAAAUGAAAAGAAGGAACUUUAUAUGAAGUGGUUAAAUACAAAAACAGAUGAAGAUAGAGAGAUUUACCGAGAGAAAAAUCGAGAAGUCAAAAGAAUAGUACAGAAAGAAAAGAACAACAAAUGGGAAGAGGUCUGCAAAAAUGUGGAACAAUAUAUAGGAGGAACGCGUAAUUCAGAAUCCUGGCGUCUAAUUAAAUCUCUUAGAACCAAUAGGAAAGGAAAAGUACAUCUAGAAUACAUACCAGAUACUAUGUGGGAAAUAUACUACAAAAAAAUGCUAACAGAGGAUAGACCUACUUUUAUUGGAGAAAACUCGGAGACAACAUCAGACGAACAGAAGGAUAUAAAUCUUAGCUUAGAAGAAGUAAAAAUGGCCAUUAAAAAUAUGAAGAAUAAUAAAGCUGCCGGCCCAGGAGGCACAAAAUAA